AUGAGAAGGAUAUCAACGCUGAAAGCCCGGGCUGAAAGUCUUUCUGGCGACGAGUCCAUGGAAGGCAGCGAAGAAUUGAAUCCAAGACUGGAAAAUUCCGACUGGUAUGUGCUGUGCUGUUUGCUUCAUUGUAAUUCUUUUACCGAUGUGCGAAAUAAACUGUUGUUUGGCCCAGGUGUCGUGUUCGUAAUUGUUUCUUUUUUGUUUUGUUUCGUUUUGAGAGUCUUGAGUACGUAAUGCAUCAGUCAAUUCCACCUGCGCCCAGCCCCCCCCCCGGGCAACUGCGGGGCAUUUGCCCACCCUGUCAGUCCCGGGGGUGGGGCAUUUGCAAAUGUUGCACUGCCCGGGGGCCGAGCAUUUGCCAACCCCCGGGCCAAUCCCGAGCUUUUGACACGCACGCAGUUUCCGAUCAGAAUAUAACUACAAAGAAGGUUUUACUGGAAGAAAAGCAGAUUGGCUCAUUUGUCAAGGACAGGAACAAAUUGUAGAGGGUUGCAACGGCAUGUUCUCGAUUUUACAUGUAUGUAUGCAUUUUUUCAUUGCUUAUCAAGCCAGAAUUACGUAGCGAAAUUGGAGCUAUCGAAGUGAAUCAACGUUUUUUAGUUAUUGAAUCAAAUUUCUGUUGAUAUUAUUCGAAGAACAUCCUUUCAUAUUUAUAAAACUAUUCAUAACAUAUAACUUUACAGCGCUCUUUUAAUUUUAAUGUCAAUAAUUUUAUACCAAUACUAAAACCAUAAACUGGUGCAUGUCGUCGCGGCGCAAAGUCUUAAUUAGAAUCCUCGCGCUAUUACAAAAAAAACGUUAAUUAAACCAAAAAAUCGCACAUUAAAAUGCUUAAAACGGCACUAUUUGACCGUGCGAUCAAUAAAAAAUGUUGCAGUGUUGACGGAGGACGGGGCAUUUGCCCUCUUUUUUCGUCCCCACCCCGGGGGAUUUGACAGCUCAAGAGUCCCCACCCCCGGGAAUUUGCCAUCCAAAGCAAAAAAAAUGCUAAUGCCCGGGAGUCAGCCCGGGGGGGGGGCUGGGCACAGGUGGAAUUGACUGAUGCAUAAACAUUUCAUUAUCGAGCGGCCGACAAAUUGCUUAGUGUUCCUAGUUUUCAAUAUGUCUUGCGAGUUAGGUGCUGUGAACGUGAAAGCUGCUAAAAACCUAACAUAAAUUCCCUCCUCCUCCCGCAGCUGGACUUUUCAAGUAGAAGGGAAGGAUUUUGAACAAUUUUCUUGGCGCUUCGCUUUCUUUUAUAUAAGCUAACACUAGCACGGGUGCAAACAAAAAGAAUUGUAGUUUUGUAAAUGUUGAUCUUCACUACACAUAGGUUCUUUAAGUCAACAGGCGGCCGUUGGUCCCGCCUAACCUAUUUCAGGAAAGAAUUUUAUUUACAUGUUUAACUAUCUAAAUUUGCCAGUGUCCUCACUUUCUUUACUAGCUUGUAUAAACAGUUUUCUUCAACUCAAACAAAAGUAAUCUGCUUCAACAUAUUUUAUCUACAUAUCACACAAAAAGUUAGUAACAUCUAAAUCUUACGAAACCUUACAUUGUUGUCUUAAAUCAGCUCUCAAUUGCUGGUGUUUAUCCAGCUUCUUAACCUGUACCUCAUGUUAAAUGUAGAACAAUUCAGUUUUUGUUUCCCAUCUAUGAUUUAGGUGCUCAAGUGAUAAUUGCCAGAUUAUGGGGAGAGCGGAGGCAUGCAUAUGCUGCCAAGAAAUAGAGCAGGUUAAAAAUAAGCUUAAUGAAGCAGUUACUAGUGGUGAAUGUGAGGAAGAGCCAACAUGCAUCACGCAGCAUCCAGGGUUCCAUCCAGUGUGUAUAAAUAGAUGGGUCCUGCAGACUGCAUGGUAUCAAUAUAAGCAACAAUACAAAGACUCUUUUGAUGGUCCUGAAGACAAACUCUACAGGCACAUAGCAUACAGACAAUUGGCCCGAUGGUGCUGGGGAAUCCUAGGCAAGGAAAUUAGGGUUGUGCUUCCUUCAUGUGCUGUAAUGUGUAUUAGGAACUUCUAUCCUCCACCUGGGCCUGAGGAGGAGUUUGUCUUUACAGGGUUUAAAUAUGCAGACGAGUGA